GGGACGUGGAGUCCCACCCCCUCUGCCGCGACGGUUGGCUGAGAGAGCCGUGACGUCACACAGGACCCCUCGAUGAGGGCUGGGGAGUGGCUAGAACGGAGAGCACCAAACAGCAGUGACGUUGUGCCGAGACCCCGCCCCUUUCCUUGGAGCGCGGAGACUCGGGCUACAGAAGCUCCGGCCAAUCAGAGGGAAGGCCCAAGGAUGACAUGGUGAUGGCAUGCAGCCAGAGGUAAGAUGACAAGGGCCUCCUGCUCAAGAUACCUCCAGGCGCUGCGGAUGGAGGCGUGGGGGAGCCUUGGAACCUCAUAGUCUAGUUUUGAAUCCCAGCUCUGCCUGUGGCUUUGAGCCCAGGAUGGUUAGGUGACUUGUCCAAGGUGACACACCUAAAAGGGAGGCCAGACACAAAGCCAAGAAGUGGAACCCACUCUCCUGUUUGUUUCUGAAACUGUCCUUGAACCAACUCCUCGUCCCUUUCUUGGGUCUGACAAGAUGUACCAGGUCCCACUGACGCUGGACCGGGAUGGGACCCUAGUCCGGCUCCGCUUCACCAUGGUGGCCCUAGUCACCGUCUGCUGUCCGCUCAUCGCCUUUUUCUUCUGCAUCCUCUGGUCCCUGCUCUUCCACUUCAAGGAGACAACGUCUACACACUGUGGGGUGCCCAAUUACCUGCCAUCAGUGAGCUCUGCCAUUGGUGGGGAGGUUCCCCAGCGCUAUGUGUGGCGUUUCUGCAUUGGCCUGCACUCAGCACCCCGCUUCUUGGCGGCCUUCGCCUACUGGAACCACUACCUCAGCUGUGCAUCUCCGUGUCCGGGUUACCGCCUUCUUUGCCGCCUCAACUUCAGUCUCAACGUAGUGGAGAACCUCGCGCUGCUUGUGCUCACCUACGUCUCCUCCUCCGAGGAUUUCACCAUCCACGAAAAUGCUUUCAUUGUGUUUAUCGCGGCAUCCCUCAGUUACAUGCUCCUCACCUGCAUUCUCUGGCGGCUGACCAAGAAGCACACAGUAAGUCAGGAGGAUCGCAAGUCCUACAGCUGGAAACAGCGGCUCUUCAUCAUCAACUUCGUCUCCUUCUUCUCGGCGCUGGCUGUCUACUUCCGGCACAACAUGUAUUGUGAGGCUGGAGUAUAUACCAUUUUUGCCAUCCUGGAGUACACUGUUGUCCUAACCAACAUGGCGUUCCACAUGACAGCCUGGUGGGACUUCGGGAACAAAGAGCUGCUAAUAACCUCUCAGCCCGAGGAAAAGAGAUUCUAAAUCCUUCUCUGAUGCUGGGAAGAGGCAACCCACUGCCCUUCAGAAACAAGAAACCACUCUGGCCUUCUCCAUGUCCUCUCUGGGCCCUUUUCCAGCUGGGACCUGGGGGAGAAGAGCAGGAGUGGGUGUGACAGGGCUGGCCCCAGCACUGCUGGUGUCUCCCCAACCCUCUUGGGAUUUUCAAGAAACAUCACCGGUAACGGGAAGGUCCUCAGAAAUGCGCUGGCAGAAAAGUGCCACCACUUGGUGCUUGGGAAAAAAAAGUCCUGAGGUUCGUGACUACCAUUUAGUUUUGACCUUUAAGUAGACACUUUUCACUGAGGUUAGGAACCACUGAGCAGUGGCUGCUACCUGAAGAUGGCAGCCACUCCUCUCGGUCACUCAUUUGACUGGUGUGUCUGGUGGUCUCCUAGAGUUGGUGGUAGUUGUAUGAGCUGCCCAGGUGUUCCAGAUGUGUGCUCUUCCCAUCAGCCUCACUGUGUUCCCGCGUAUGCCUGCGGGGAAGGCUUUGCCGGCAUCUCUGGGGUCAUCUGAUGGAAGUAGUGCUCUGUACUGACAGAUGACUUGUCCCAGAAGCAUCAAGCAUAGGAUGUAUUUUCCUUCCCAUCUACAACCACUGGCUUUUGGGGCGAGCUGAAAUAUGCCUGUAAGCUUAGCACACUGGAGGCAGAGACUGGUGGACUGCAUCAAGAUCUAUGCCAAC